AGAGAGCUGAGUGCAGUGUGUGUUUGGCAGCGUCGGGCUCCACAGUCAAGCAGAGCCACUCACAAGCACCAGGACGAGGAGGGACUGCAUUUCUCUGAUCAGCUGAUUCAGCUGUGUGUAUACCCUCCACCUCUGUAGACUAGGUCGCCAUGGCUUCCUCCUCCCCCCUGUGCCUCUUCCUCCUCCCCCUCCUGGUCGCCGUGGUAACGGUGCGUGCCCAGGGCCAGGACCCCUUCAUGUGGGUGUCGGCGCUCCGUAGCCGUGGUUACGGCGUGGGCUCCCUCACGGGCGAUUCCACGGGAGGGGAGUGUCCUGAGGUGUGCGACUGCCCGCCCACCUUCCCCAUCGCCAUGUACUGCGACAACCGCGGCAUGACCUCAGUACCCAACGUCCCCUCCAGGAUGAAGUACGUCUACCUCCAACACAACCAGAUCACCAACGUGCCUGAUGACGCCUUUGCCAACGCCACCAACCUGGUGUGGCUGAUGCUGCAUGAGAACGGCAUCCUCAACAUCGGCAAGAAGGCCUUCGCCAAGAUGAAGAACCUCGACAGGCUUUACCUCAGCCACAACAACCUCACCAAGGUGCCCUCCAACCUGCCCAACUCUCUGCGUGACCUCCGCCUGGACCACAACCAGAUCUCCAAGGUGCCGCCCAAUGCCUUCGAGGGGAUGGAGAACCUGACCAUGCUGCUUCUCCAUGACAACGCCAUCCAGGACGUGGGCGCCGCCCUCAAGAGCCUCUCAUCCCUGCUGCUGCUGGACGUCAGUAGCAACAAGCUGAAGAAGGUCCCAGAGAGUCUUCCUGAUCAGAUCCAUCAGCUGUAUAUGGAGUCCAACGCCAUCGACGCCGUCCCCAACGACUUCCUGUCGCACUUCCAGCAGCUGCAGUACAUCCGCAUGUCCCACAACGAGCUGACCGACAAGGGUAUUCCUGCCAACACCUUCAAUGUGUCUGGCCUGGUGGAGCUGGACCUGUCCUUCAACAAGCUGGAGCGCAUCCCUGUGGUCAACACCAAACUGGAACACCUGUACCUACAGGCCAACCAGAUCAAAGAGUUUACUCUGGGUAGUUUCUGCAGCGUGGUGGACGUGAUGAACUUCUCUCAGCUGAAGGUGCUUCGUCUGGACGGCAACGAGAUCAGCCUGCAGGACGUGCCAACCGAGUCCGCCCUCUGCCUCCGCAUGGCUGCAGACAUCGCCGUGUAACACAUCCAACUCCGCCCUCUGCCUCCGCAUGGUCGCAGACAUCUCGUGUAACACCACCCCUGCGCCACCGGGGGGCAGACAUGUGCCACUACAACCAGACAACACAGCUGUGUAUAGAGGAAGUUUGGUCCAUAGACUCUCACCAUUUCCCAUGAUCAUGUGUACUAGCCUUGGUAAUGUGUGAAACGCCAAAUGAUUGGAUACUCCGCGGAGUUCACCUAAGAGUUUCCAAUCACUGGGCGUUUCAAACACUGCCAAGGCUAGAACACUUGACAUCGGGGAAUGGUGUUAGGGUGUAAACCAGUCUAGUACCUCACUGUCCUCUCCUUUUGCCUGAGGCCAAAACGAAGCAUAAUGACACAAGCAAAUAGGAGGACACAGGAGGUACUAGUUUGGAAUGGACCCUCAUAUUAGCAUUUAGCAUUAUUAUUAGUACAGCUGUCCACCAGCACACCAGCGUUGCCUAGAACACUUCCUCUCUGUGCAGCCCGGAGGAGGUUGUACUUCCUGGUCCCGGUCAGUAUUGCGUUGGAGGCGUCUUGUGUUGGUGUAUAUUUCUAAUCUGUCAGAUGUUUAUGAGGUGAAGUCAUCUCGGAGUGUAUGAUUUUUGAGGUGUGUGUGUGUGUGUGUGUGUGUGUGUGUGUGUGUGUGUGUGUGUGUGUGUGUGUGUGUGUGUGUGUGUGUGUGUGUGUGUGUGUGUGUGUGUGUGUGUGUGUGUGUGUGUGUGUGUGUGUGUGUGUGUACCUGCACAUACAAGUGCAUUUAUUUGAAUACCUUCCUCACUGCAUAUUACUAAAUGUACGAGACAGUCAGGAGAUUGUUGCAAUUUUGUGUGUUAGCAAUUAGCCGUUGAUGUUUCUGCUGGCAUUUUGUUUCUUUUUUUCUCUCCUCGUUUUG